AUGUAUUCCAACACUGCUCAGGAUGACCUUGGUUCUGGUGAUGAAGUCGAUUAUCGUCAGUCGAAUCAGUACGGCAAUGCUCUAAAGAAGCAGAAAACUGAGGCCGUUUCUGAGUUCGCCAAGUCCCACACUAUUGCUGAGCAGCGCCGGUCGCUUCCAGUUUAUGAGGUCCGAGAACAGUUCCUACACGUUCUACGGGAGCACCAAGUCGUGGUGGUCGUGGGAGAAACGGGUAGUGGCAAAACGACGCAACUGACGCAGUACAUGAUGGAGGCUGGUUACCAUAAGGGAGGCAUCAUAGGAUGUACUCAGCCGCGACGUGUGGCAGCAGUCUCUGUAGCUAAGCGUGUUGCUGACGAGACUGGCACGGAACUCGGCACCAAGGUGGGGUACGCUAUCAGGUUUGAAGAUGUGACUUCUGAGGAGACUGCGAUCAAGUAUAUGACUGAUGGUGUCCUAUUACGAGAGAGUCUCGCCGAUAAGGAGCUUGAUAAGUACUCAUGUAUUAUCAUGGAUGAAGCACAUGAACGUUCUCUCAAUACUGAUGUCCUCUUCGGUGUCCUAAAGGAGGUCGUGGCGCUUCGGUCGGACUUCCGUCUCAUCAUCACGAGUGCUACCAUGGAUGCUGAUAAAUUCUCCAACUUCUUCAAAGGCGCUCCUACGUUCAAUAUCCCUGGUCGGACUUUCCCUGUGGAGACGCUGUAUGCUAAGACUAAUGCCCAGGAUUAUGUCCAGGGGGCUGUGGAUCAGGCGUUAUCGAUACAUGCAUCACAACCUGAGGGAGAUAUCCUCAUCUUCAUGACGGGCCAGGAUGACAUUGAGGCCACAUGUAUCCUUCUGGCUGAGGGCGCUGAACAGAUGACGAUGGCUCCAAUGACCAUCCUUCCUAUAUACUCACAACUCCCUAGUGACCUCCAGGCCAAAAUUUUUGAGAAGUCGGAGCAUAGGAAGAUUAUUGUGGCCACAAACAUCGCCGAGACGUCCCUUACCGUGGAUGGUAUCAAAUACGUUGUUGAUACUGGUUUCUGCAAACUGAAGGUGUACAACCCUUCCAUAGGGCUCGACUCCUUGCAGAUCACGCCGAUCUCUCAAGCGAAUGCUAACCAGCGGAAGGGACGAGCAGGUCGAACCGGUCCUGGGGUUUGUUGGCGGUUAUAUACAGAGCAUAGUUUCUUCAACGACAUGUUGGCGAAUACUGUACCAGAGAUACAACGUACUAACCUCGCCAACGUCGUUUUAUUACUCAAGUCUCUGGGCAUCAAGGAUCUCCUUAAAUUCGAUUUCAUGGACCCUCCCCCACAAGAGACCAUGCUCAACUCUAUGCUCCAGCUUUGGGUUCUAGGAGCACUGGAUGAUUAUGGAGAGCUCACCAAGACGGGCCAGAAGAUGUCCCAAUUCCCUCUGGAUCCGCCUCUUUCCAAGAUGAUCCUCUGUGCUGAUCGGCUCGGAUGUGUCGAUGAGAUCCUAGUGGUGGUCAGCAUGCUCAGCGUACCCAGCAUCUUCUACCGACCGAAGGAUCGUGCAGAGGAGUCGGACGCGGCGCGAGAGAAGUUCUUCGUCCCCGAGUCUGAUCAUCUCACUCUACUAUAUAUUUAUCAACAGUGGCGCAAACAUAAGGGGAGUGCUCAGUGGUGCGCUAAGCAUUACCUUCAAGUGAAGGCUCUUCGGAAGGUGGCCGAAGUGAAGGCCCAGUUGGUGGACAUUGUAAAGCAACAGAAGAUAGAGCUGUCCUUUGUUGGUCUUGGCGACUGGGAUGUGGUUCGAACGGCGAUUUGCGCCGGCUAUUUCCAUAACGCUGCGAAACUGAGGGGUAUUGGCGAGUACAUCAACCUGCUCACAUCAGUGCCCUGUCAUCUGCAUCCCACGAGUGCGCUCUAUGGUAUGGGUCACACUCCUGAGUAUGUGGUAUAUCACGAAGUUGUUAAGACGGCUAAGGAGUACAUGCAGCACGUUACGGCGAUUGAGCCCAGUUGGCUAGCGGAACUUGGCAGUAAGGUGUUUGUAUUGAAGGACAAGAACACCGAUCUGGCCAAGGUUAGGAAGGAGGAUAAACGGUCACAAGCUGAGAUCGAGAUGCUGUAUAAAAUAGAGGAAAUGAAGAAGAAGCACAGCGGCCUCACUCCGGAGGAUAGCGAUGGUGCCAGCGUGUCGGUAGACAACAAACCCGGUGGAGCGGAUGGUGGUUGCGAGACAUCACUGAAGCCCCGGUUCCUUCGUCGGCAUCAGCAGCCUAUGCCGAGCCCGUCGCCAGCCAGUGAGUCCUCAUACGCUGGGGAGGAGGAUGAUGGUGCUGAUUCGGAUCGAUAUGAGAGGGAAAUGAAGGUGUGCUCGAUACGGGUUGAAAGAGUUCAGAGUCCCACGUCCUUUGUCAGCGACGGCGCCGUGCUCCUGGUCGGCGACACCGGUCGACCUGGUCCGCAUCGUCGGACCAAGCAGCGUCAUCUGAGGAGGAAAGUAGAGAGACGAGAAGAUGAGGCUACUUUUAUUCACGUAACUGCUACUCCUCAGCACAUGUUCGCCGCAAUCUGUUCGUAG